GCGUUUCACUUGAGUACACCUGAAAUAAAAUUUAUUACAACGCAGUACGGCGGCGUCACAUAAAAUAUAUUUCAUUUUCAUUUUAUUGCUUACAAAUAAUAUAAAAUAAAAGUCCAAUGUGAUAUUCAUUACACGAAUGUAUUUGUUAUUCUGAUGGAGUGUUUAAAGUAUUGGUUGAUUGUUUUAGGAAUAUUAAGUUUUGCUACUGGUGUAAAAAUCAACGUGCAAGGAUCGGUCAGUCUCGGUAAAGAUGUUCUCGAUACUAUAACAUACUAUAUGAAACCUACUAUUGUUCAACAUUACAGAAGAAAUUUGCAAUCUUCUGACCCACAAUCGGAAAUGAUCAAGUGGACUGUUGAAACCUCAAACUUGGGUAAAGGUCUCCGAAUGUGCCAAGGAUCUAAAGGAAAAUUCUUGAAAGAUUAUGUACUAGUACUAUCAAACGGCAUAGAUAGCAUCCUGGACGGCAUCAUCAACUCAACUCCAGAAAAACUGCAAGAAAAUAAAGGAACACAUUUCGCAGACGAACUUAAACCAUUAUUGAACAGUAUCAAUGAUUUGCUCGAAACUACCGACUCAGAAAUAACGCAGGAGACAGAAACGUUCACUUGGCUAACGCUGUUGAAGAAGAUAAGUGCAAAAUUUCAGGAGGCAUCACAAAACUUUGUCGCUGGAAAAUUAGCUGGCGAUCCGGUCGAGAUUGCUAGCGUAAGAAAAGGGUUAUCACAGAAAUUGAUCAUCGCCAUAGUUAUUGUAGAAAGCAGAUUUGAGAGGAAACUAUGUGUAGAACAUCAGAUUUGUCAAAAAGAUUACGAAUGCACUACAGCACUGGCGGCGUUGCUGGAGCAAUUCCAAACGGCGUCAAAUGAUAAAGCCAAAGAUUUCAUGAUGUUCUUCUACGAAUCUUUGCCUGACAACUUCUUUUUCUUUAUGGACGAAACCACAACCCAAGAGUUUCAAGUUAUUUUGAGCGAUUUGAGUUAUUCUAAAAAUCCUAAAACCAAGGAUAUUUUAUUGACUGUGUAUAAAACUAUACAAGCCAGAUUGGAAACUUUGAAAACGAACGCAGAGUUACCAAAAGGGUAUGACAUGAUACUAAUACACGGUAUUAUGUCAGACAUGGACUACUUUUAUUAUGACAAACGGAAAACUUACUCGUUUGAUAAUUUCUUAGGAACGUUCACAGAGUGGAUGAGACGCGGUGGCAAAUUUCAUAUGCAACUGCGUCAUGUUAUAAGAGAAUUAGGAAUAAAACUGAGCCAAUAUCCUAAAGAAAUGGUUCAAAAACUUGAAAACCAAGCGAGAGUGUUUUUGGAAUUGACAGUGGAUCCUGAGAAAUCCUGAAACUGUGCUGAGAGUCCUGCUCACAGAAUAUUUAAAUUUUGAAUAAAAUAAAUAGCAUUUUCGUAUUAAAGUCUAAUCAAUUCUU